UGGGCCAAUUCAAAGUUUGAUCAGUUGUGUAGAGCACUAGACACUGUUUUUGAAUAUAUUUUUUUCCUGUCCUUUGUUCCAGGGGAUGAGAAAGGCCGGUGUUUUACCAUAGAGUACGUGAUGCCCACUAAUGUCCAGAUGACCUCUGAGUCCACCGUUAGUGUCCUCAAGAUGAUCCGCUCUGCCACACCGUUCCCUCUGGUCAGCCUCUUCUUCAUGUUCAUUGGUUUUGUACUCAGUAACAUCGGCCACAUCCGACCACAUCGCACCAUCCUGGCCUUCGUUUCUGGAAUCUUCUUCAUCCUGUCAGGUCUAUCUCUGGUUGUUGGCCUGGUCUUGUACAUCUCCAACAUUAAUGAUGAAAUGCUGAACAGGACCAAAACUAAUGAGGCCUACUUCAGUUACAAGUACGGCUGGUCAUUCGCAUUCGCUGCCAUCUCCUUCCUGCUCACUGAGACGGCGGGUGUAAUGUCGGUGUAUCUGUUCAUGAAGCGCUACACAGCAGAGGAAAUGUACCGGCCCCAUCAGGGCUUCUACCGGCCUCGCCUCAGCAACUGCUCCGACUACUCCGGCCAGUUCCUACAUCCAGACGCCUGGGCCGGGCGAGGCCGCAGUCCCUCCUCCAUCUCCUCUGAGGCCUCCCUCCAGAUGAACUCCUCCAACUACCCUGCCCUCCUCAAGUGUCCAGAGUACGAACAAAUGUCAUCCUCACCCUGCUGAGGCCAAGGAUGAGUAGCUGUGUUAGCACCGUAGGUGUCAAUUUGAUCUGCCUGGAUUUUGGCAUAAAAUUGUCCAAUAAUUUGAUAUUUUUCAGCUUGAAACACAACAAGUCCCUUAUGACCUGAUUCUCUCUACCCUCCCUACUGCUGAUUUUUUAGUUACACCUUUUGGUUCUGUGGGGAGUAGAACAUAUGGCGAACUUGAAGGUUAGCCAGUUCACGUUAUUCUCAGCUGACCUGUCUUGUUCCAGGGAGAGCUGUUAGACAAUAAGAGAAGAAAGAGUUUGACAAGAUUGUACUUUUAUGUGCUUUUUCUCUAGCUUUUAGUGACGGGUGACUGGCCAUCUGCUGAACUGACCAUGGUAGGGUGAAGUCAUCUGAGAGGAGUAACUUUGUGUAACUUCAACCUGUAAUGAGCGAAUCCACUAUUCGCCUGUAGUACUGCCACGAUCCUGAUAGCUAUUUGACAGGAUUACAUGCUGCACAUUUACAGACAUGGAGAGUUCAAAAACAGGAUUAGAAUUGAAUAGGCAACGACAGUCGGGUGACAAAUUAAAGGAAAAACCUGAAAAAUUAGUGGAGAAACAGGAUGACAAUGCCCCCAUCCACAGGGCACGAGGGGUCACUGCUGUGGCUUUCACAGUCACCAGAUCUCAACCCAGUUGAACACCUAUGGGAGAUUUU